UUCGAAUCCGUAAUCGAGCCCAACACACAACUUCAACCCACUUCGAAGGACUUCACGCUCUUGAUCAGGAAAACGAAGGACUGAACAAAACAAAGCAGGACGAAUGAGUUCGCGUUACGAGAAAGCAUACGACAGAGAUCGGCCCGAUCGCGAAACUGGCUCGAGUGUGCGUUCGCAAGGUCGGAGUAGCAAAUGGAACGCAGAAGACACGACCAAGCCACCGCGCAGACCAAGAAACGAAAGAGAUGCUACAAGGCAGGAGGAACCAAGACGGUAUCGGUCUCGUUCAAGGUCUCCCAACUAUCCAUCCCGACGCAGGUCACGUUCGCCAAUCGCUUCACAAGACAACUCAAGACCGCAACAAUAUCAUCGACAGCGCUCUCGCUCAAGGUCCCCAACACAAUCAAACCUCAUCGCAAAGACAGCCCAAGAUCGCCGUAAUCUAGUGUCUCAAGAAGACCCCUCAUCAAACAUUGCAACUACCUCAACGUCUGAACAAAGAUCAUCAAAUCAGCAACUCGAGCUCAAAUCGAAAUCUAAAAUACUUGAGGACGAAGAAGGAGAAGAGUUAUCAGAACAGAAAGAUGAGCCGAACUUCAACCCGUCUGGGAAGCUAGCAGCCGAGACGAAGACUUUCAAGGGUGUCGUUCUGAAGUACCACGAGCCCCCGGAAGCUCGGAAGCCGACCAACAAGAACUGGAGACUGUACGUCUUCAAGGGCAAAGAGCAGCUCGAUCUGUUCCACAUCCAUCGCCAAUCCGCUUAUCUCUUCGGAAGGGACCGAAUCGUCGUCGAUAUCCCCUUGGACCAUCCUUCCAGUUCUAAACAACACGCCGUCAUCCAAUUCCGUCAGAUCUGCUUGACCAACGAGUUUGGCGAUUCAAAGAAUGCCGUCAAGUUCAGUCUUCACCUCCCCCACAUUAUAUUCUCACAUCCAUAUCACUCAUGCUAA